CGCCCGUAUGGUUGUGUUUUUGUUUACCUCGAUUUUGAAGCCACCUCUAGACCGCUUGUGUUCGCGUACAUUUACAAAACUAUAACCAUGCGCCCGAAGAAAAGGUCGAUGUUAAUUGAAUUAAAGCGUGAAAUCAUAGAAAAGUAUGAACAAGGUGCGCGAGUGACUGACUUGGCCAGGAUGUACGGCCGUAGCACAUCAACGAUAUGUGCCGUACUGAAACGAAAGGAGUUGAUAAAGAAUAUGGCACCAGCUAAGGGCGUUAAAAUAAUGUCUAGGCUUCAUAGCGCACUUCAUAGCGAGAUGGAGAAACUGCUGAUGGCCUGGAUGGCAAGGGAGCAGCAGAAAGGAGAAAACUUAACGCAACCCACCAUAUGUGAUAAGGCCCGAGAAAUUUACGGUGAUUUGCUGAAACAGAACCUUCACCCAAACGAAGAACCAGAAGACAUAUUCAAGGCAAGUCGGGGCUGGUUUGUAAACUUUAGGAAAAGAUUCGGCAUUCAUCCCGUCGUCAGCGAUAGUGAGGCCCCAAAAUCGGAUGUGAAGUCGACGUUCCGAUGGCACACCUACAACGCACCGUUAUCCGAAAUGAUAGAAACCAAAGAAGAUAACCCACAUAAGGUCUGGCUGGAUAUCACUACGAGUAGCUUAGCCUCUGCAUGGAAUAAUCUGUGGCUGGAGGCAGAUGCUGAAACGGCCUUCGUAGCAUUGGAACCCGAGGUGUUAGUUACAGAGGAGCCAGAAAAAUCGAUGGAUCUGGAAGUGGAUGAGAGUCGUGUGAAAGUCGAACUCGUCGAGGAUCAGUUUCAAGACCCAACCGGGCAGAUAGACGAGCUGCAUUCGAAGCGGCAUGUGGUGAUUGAUAGAAAAAUUAGUCAGAAAGAAGAGUCAGAUACGGGAGAGGAUUUCGCCUCAACAGAAAUAAAGGAGAUCUUGGGAAUGUAAAGGACAGUAGCAGCGUUUGUAGAAAGAAACCAUCUCGAAAUUGUUGUAUCUGAUAGUGCAUUGGAUAGUUCUUUAUAACAAUUUCAAGACGAAAAGGAACAUUCUGUACUGAU